AUGCUGCAAUACCACCCCGGGCCUGUGGGGGUGGACCCUGACAUGCUGCAGUACCACCCCGGGCCUGUGGGGGUGGACCCUGACAUGCUGCAGUACCACCCCGGGCCUGUGGGGGUGGACCCUGACAUGCUGCAGUACCACCCCGGGCCUGUGGGGGUGGACCCUGACAUGCUGCAGUACCACCCCGGGCCUGUGGGGGUGGACCCUGACAUGCUGCAGUACCACCCCGGGCCUGUGGGGGUGGACCCUGACAUGCUGCAGUACCACCCCGGGCCUGUGGGGGUGGACCCUGACAUGCUGCAGUACCACCCCGGGCCUGUGGGGGUGGACCCUGACAUGCUGCAGUACCACCCCGGGCCUGUGGGGGUGGACCCUGACAUGCUGCAGUACCACCCCGGGCCUGUGGGGGUGGACCCUGACAUGCUGCAGUACCACCCCGGGCCUGUGGGGGUGGACCCUGACAUGCUGCAGUACCACCCCGGGCCUGUGGGGGUGGACCCUGACAUGCUGCAGUACCACCCCGGGCCUGUGGGGGUGGACCCUGACAUGCUGCAGUACCACCCCGGGCCUGUGGGGGUGGACCCUGACAUGCUGCAAUACCACCCCGGGCCUGUGGGGGUGGACCCUGACAUGCUGCAGUACCACCCCGGGCCUGUGGGGGUGGACCCUGACAUGCUGCAGUACCACCCCGGGCCUGUGGGGGUGGACCCAGAAGUAGAAUUAGCCAAUGCUAACAUAUAUGGCCCAAAGCUCCGUUCCACAUAUGUGGUUCUUACAGAUGUGGUUCCUACAGAUGUGGUUCUUACAGAUGUGGUUCUUACAGAUGUGGUUCCUACAGAUGUGGUUCCUACAGAUGUGGUUCUUACAGAUGUGGUUCCUACAGAUGUGGUUCUUACAGAUGUGGUUCCUACAUAUGUGGUUCUUACAGAUGUGGUUCUUACAGAUGUGGUUCUUACAGAGGUUCUUACAGAUGUGGUUCCUACAGAUGUGGUUCCUACAGAGGUUCUUACAGAUGUGGUUCUUACAGAUGUGGUUCCUACAGAGGUUCUUACAGAUGUGGUUCCUACAGAUGUGGUUCUUACAGAUGUGGUUCUUACAGAUGUGGUUCCUACAGAGGUUCUUACAGAUGUGGUUCCUACAGAGGUUCUUACAGAUGUGGUUCCUACAGAUGUGGUUCCUACAGAUGUGGUUCUUACAGAUGUGGUUCCUACAGAUGUGGUUCUUACAGAUGUGGUUCCUACAGAUGUGGUUCCUACAGAUGUGGUUCUUACAGAUGUGGUUCUUACAGAGGUUCUUACAGAUGUGGUUCCUACAGAUGUGGUUCUUACAGAUGUGGUUCCUACAGAUGUGGUUCCUACAGAUGUGGUUCUUACAGAUGUGGUUCCUACAGAUGUGGUUCCUACAGAGGUUCUUACAGAUGUGGUUCCUACAGAGGUUCUUACAGAUGUGGUUCCUACAGAUGUGGUUCUUACAGAUGUGGUUCCUACAGAUGUGGUUCUUACAGAUGUGGUUCUUACAGAUGUGGUUCCUACAGAUGUGGUUCCUACAGAUGUGGUUCUUACAGAUGUGGUUCCUACAGAUGUGGUUCCUACAGAUGUGGUUCUUACAGAUGUGGUUCCUACAGAUGUGGUUCUUACAGAUGUGGUUCUUACAGAUGUGGUUCCUACAGAUGUGGUUCUUACAGAUGUGGUUCCUACAGAUGUGGUUCCUACAGAUGUGGUUCUUACAGAUGUGGUUCUUACAGAUGUGGUUCCUACAGAUGUGGUUCCUACAGAUGUGGUUCCUACAGAUGUGGUUCCUACAGAUGUGGUUCUUACAGAUGUGGUUCUUACAGAUGUGGUUCCUACAGAUGUGGUUCCUACAGAUGUGGUUCUUACAAAUGUGGUUCUUACAAAUGUGGUUCCUACAGAUGUGGUUCCUACAGAGGUGGUUCUUACAGAUGUGGUUCUUACAAAUGUGGUUCCUACAGAUGUGGUUCCUACAGAUGUGGUUCUUACAGAUGUGGUUCUUACAGAUGUGGUUCUUACAGAUGUGGUUCCUACAGAUGUGGUUCUUACAGAUGUGGUUCUUACAAAUGUGGUUCUUACAGAUGUGGUUCCUACAGAGGUGGUUCUUACAGAUGUGGUUCUUACAAAUGUGGUUCCUACAGAGGUGGUUCUCACAGAUGUGGUUCUUACAGAUGUGGUUCCUACAGAGGUUCUUACAGAUGUGGUUCCUACAGAGGUUCUUACAGAUGUGGUUCUUACAGAGGUUCUUACAGAUGUGGUUCCUACAGAGGUUCUUACAGAUGUGGUUCCUACAGAGGUUCUUACAGAUGUGGUUCCUACAGAGGUUCUUACAGAUGUGGUUCUUACAAAUGUGGUUCCUACAGAGGUGGUUCUUACAGAUGUGGUUCCUACAAAUGUGGUUCCUACAGAUGUGGUUCCUACAGAUGUGGUUCUUACAGAUGUGGUUCUUACAAAUGUGGUUCUUACAAAUGUGGUUCCUACAGAGGUGGUUCUCACAGAUGUGGUUCUUACAGAUGUGGUUCCUACAGAGGUUCUUACAGAUGUGGUUCCUACAGAGGUUCUUACAGAUGUGGUUCCUACAGAGGUUCUUACCGGCCGCUCUGCAGCUGGAUGUGCAGGGAGGUGA